AUGGAGGAUUUUGAAGGAAAGGAUGAUGCUCCUCCUACCAAGAAGACUAGAAGCCAAUUUGUUGUUGAACCAAAGAAAAGUGUUCAAAAUAAUUCAAGUCAAAAGAAAGGUGGAAAGAAAAAGGAACAAAAGGUAGAACCAUCUUUUAAUGUGGAUAGUCUUGUUAAUUCUAUGUAUGAGAAUGAGUCUGUAGAAUAUGAUAUAGAUGUCUAUAAUAAAGCUCAACCUAUAGAUAAAGAAUUAAUUGAGAAUAUAGUGGUAAGAUAUUUGAUUAUAUGUAAUCAAAAUUUAUGUGAUAUUCAAGAUUUUUUCCCUAAUAUUCUAUAUGAGGUAUUGACAAAGAAAAGAAGCAAGGUUGUAGAAAAAGAAAAUGAUAUUCAGAUUGUUGCUAUUGAUAAAGCAUGUAGUCCUUUGUCUAAGGAUGCUAGAAGCAAGAUUCAACUUUCUCUUAAUGUAAGAUUCUGCCAAAAGGAGAGAGUAAAUCUUAUAAUGGGUCAAGAUCCAAAUAAAAUCAAAUGUGUUAUCAGAAAAAUUGAUGAUAUUGCAGCUGAAGUUUCUUCAGAGAAACUGGUGAUUGCAAAGAAAGUAAGAAAAGAGGUGCAUGUCUUUGCUGAGCAAGCCAGAUUUGUAAGAGAACAGAUAGUUGUAUCAAGAGCCAAAUAUGAGUCUCAACAAUGUGAAACAUCUUUUGUACCAACUGGUACCCCCACCGAUAAGACCAGAGUAGCCAAAGAAGCUGAGAAGAACAAAGAAGAAGAAACUAAGGUGAAACUUGUUGAAUCUCAAAGAGGGAAACCCUCUAAAAUACAAUUCCGAAAGAAAGGUAAAACUAUUGAACCUCAUGUUGUGCCUGCCCAAACUAGAAAAAGAAAGAAGGAGAAAUCUCACAAACUGGUGACAACUAUAGAGGAAACAAAAUUAGAAGAAGAUAAGAAAGUACUAAGGGCAAGUGCUAAGAAGCAGAAGACUACUCAAAAAGGUCUCAUCCCUGAAGAAGAAGAAGAAAAAGAUAAAGAAGAUAAGGAUAAUACACCUGAUAAGUUAAAGGGAGAAGAUUUUCUAGAGGGUGUUAAGCCUACAGAUUUAGAGCCAGAUAAUAAGUACUUGUAUGAUGACCCUGUUGAUACUAAGCCUAUAGAUAUACCAGAUGAUGAUGACACCAGUAAUGCAGUUAAUAAUGACAUAGAUAAUGUUCACAAUACUGGAGAUAAUGUUGCAAACACUGCUGACAAUGUAGAUUUUUUUGAAGUUGAUAUACAAAUGGAUGAUCCCCAAGAGAAACAACAAGAUGUAAAUAAUGAAGGUGAGAAGGAAAUUGAUAAGAGCUCAAGUGAGCAACCGGUGAAUGCUCAAUCUGCAGGAACGCAAAAUCCACUAGUGAAGUGGAUAAGAUCCUUGAAGGAGAUGAAGAAUCAGUUAAUUCUGAAGGUUGAAAUCUUACAGAGAGCAUACAAGGAGUCUGAAGAAAUUUUGGCUACCCCGGAGAUGAGAACUGUUGAUGCUAUGGAGGAGUUUCCAGCUCAGAUCUUGACACAUGUUGAGAUCACUGAGACACUAUUAGAAGCAUGGGACAAUGACCUUAAGAAGUUAAAGUUUCAUUUUAGUGAUAUUUUCUUGAGAAUUGCAUUGUAA